AUGCAUCAGUUACCUGUAGAAAUUUGGGAGGAAAUUCUGUCAGGGCUCUCAGUUAAGGAUCUUCUUAGAUUCAAAUCAGUAUGCAAAAACUUGAAUUCAAUAAUCUCCGGCCAGCACUUCAUUAACUUGCAUCUCAAGAAAUCAAUUUCUACCCCUUCCCGCCAUAGGAUUUUCAUGCCACGUGAUGAUGAAUCUUUUCGGACCGUCGAAUACAGCAGAGAUCUCCAAGGCGGAGGGGGGGACCACAUCGAUUUUCAGACCCUGCCGCGGCCUAAAGAAGCCAUCGGAAAUUUCGUCGGAACCUGCGACGGCCUAGUCUGUUAUUUAGAUACGAUAACUAUGCGAAUUUGCGUGUCGAAUCCAUCUCUCAGGGUAUCAAAAACUCUGGAUUUGAACGUAAACAGGAGAUAUUGUCCGGCCCUUUUGUUCUCCUGGUUCGGGCGAGAAUCUUCCGAUGAUGAGUACAAGGUUGUCUUAGGGAUUAGAUCGUACGACGGAAAAUCGAACUGUCCUAAGUACCAUAUGCAUCUCAUCAAGCCGUUUUCAGACAACUGCAGCAGCAGGAAAUCAAUCCGAGAAGUCGACGGUCGAUUAGAGCUCAUUUGGUACUUUGGGGAGGGAAUCCUUUUGCAUGGAAUAGUGCAUUGGAUUUCGUACGAUCGAGUAAUGCACACUGAUCACUAUGUUAUGUUUACGUAUGAUUUGUGCCUGGAAAGUGUCGGAGAAAUUUCGAUGCCGGUGGGACUGCAUAUUUGGCAUGGGGUGAUUGGGGUGAUAGACGGGUGCCUUUCUGCAAUAUGCAAUGUUUAUAGGGGCGAUUUUGCAAUUUAUGAGGUUUGGACGAUGAAGGAAUAUGGAGUGAAAGAGUCUUGGACUAAGUUGAUGAAUUUAUCGGGAAGGUGUGAUGAUCUUAUAUCGGCUUCUUGGCAUUUGAGAUUGGUUGGAGUAACUGACGAUGGAGAUCUCAUUUUGAGUUGUAUUCCGAAACAUCAUCUAUUGAUAUUUAAAGUGGCGGAAAAGAAAUUCGAGAUUCUUACAUCAAAUGGCCAUUGGUUUGCGAGAAUGUUCGUUGAGUCUCUGGUUUUUCCCUAA